UCGAUGAUUUCCAAACUUCCUUUCACCCAUCUGUACGAGAUAUAUCUCAACCGAGUACACGAAAAAUAAGUACAACGACCAGUUUCCGUAAGCUAAUAUCGUUCUAUGGAGAUCGGCGACUUUCUAAACGCGGUGUGAAGGUAUAUAUAUUCCUGUGUGGGGGUUCUGCAUAUUCGAAUUUUGCCCGGCAGGGAUCGGUGGGGCGCGCACGGAAAGGAGUCGGGGAGCAGGGGACCGCAGUCUCAGUGUCCAACAUGUGGGACGGCGAGAGAGUUCGUCGGGACGAGGCAGUGUCCGUGGACAUUCUAGAGCUGACGGACUCUGCGGAGGAAAGCAGUAGUGGCAGCAUGGACGAGCAGAAAGGUGCCUGUGAGAACGGAAGAACAAUGGGCCAUUCUGAUGUUGUGCAGAGAGCGCGAGAUGCCUUUGAGGCUGGACGCACAAGGUCCAUUGAUUUUCGAGAGAAGCAGCUCAAGCAGUUGCUACGGAUGUAUGAGGAGAAUACAACUGAGAUGAUUGAAGCACUUGCGAAGGACCUGAGGAAGAGCAAGCAAGAAGCUGUAUUGUUUGAAAUCCAAUUUCUGAUAAAUGAAACAAAAAAUACCCUUUUUAAUCUGCAUGAAUGGACAAAACCAGAAAAGCCUCCAAAAAGCCUUGUCAAUGCUAUGGAUGGUGUGUUAAUCUACAAUGAUCCAUAUGGGGUAGUACUGAUAAUUGGUGCCUGGAACUAUCCCCUUCAGUUGACUCUCUUGCCAGUUUCUGGAGCCAUUGCCGCAGGCAACUGUGUCAUUAUCAAGCCAUCAGAAAUUGCUACUGCAUCUGCAGAACUAAUGGCGAAGCUUGUUCCAAAAUAUCUGGAUCAGGAAUGUUUCCAUGUGGUAUUGGGAGGUGUACCAGAAACUACAGCACUUCUCAAGGAGCAAUUUGAUUAUAUAUUUUACACAGGAUCUACAACUGUUGGUAAAAUUGUGAGGGCUGCGGCCAACGAACACCUGACACCUGUUACGUUGGAGAUGGGAGGCAAGAGUCCAGUGUACAUCGAUAACACAGUGGAUAUGGAAAUUACUGCAAAACGCAUUAUAUGGGGGAAGUGUGCAAAUGCAGGACAAACAUGCAUUGCCCCUGAUUAUAUUCUUUGUUCCAAAGAAGUUCAGAAUGAUUUUGUGGAAAAGGCAAAAACUACCCUGAAAGAAUUUUAUGGUGAAAACAUCAAGAACUCGCCUGAUCUGUGUAGAAUUAUCUCUGACAGACACUAUCAGCGACUAGUGGCAUUUUUGAACAAUGGAAGAAUAGCUGUUGGUGGUGAAACAGACCCUUCAGAAAGGUUCAUUGCACCGACAAUUUUGGUUGAUGUAAAACCAACAGACCCUGUGAUGCAGGAAGAAGUAUUUGGACCAAUUCUUCCUAUUGUCAAUGUGGAUAAUGCAUUUGAUGCCAUCAGGUUCAUCAAGAGCCGCGAACAUCCAUUAAGCAUGUACGUGUUCUCAAAGGAUAAAUCUAUCCAAAACCUACUUGUUUCACAGUUGAGAUGUGGCUCACUAUGUGUGAACGACACCUUGAUGCAGUUUGGGGUUGAUACUUUGCCUUUUGGUGGUGUUGGCCACAGUGGCAUGGGAGCAUACCACGGUGUUCACACAUUCAACACCUUUACACAUAAGAAGAGUUGCCUUGUUAAAGACUUUAACCCAAUAGCAGAAAAGCUGGUAUCGAACAGAUAUCCUCCAUACUCUGAAAAGAAGAUGAAUAUUGUGGAAUUCUUGAUGAGGAAGAGAAAAGGUGUGAAACUGGGGUGCCUUCCUUAUGUCAUAGUGUUUGCGCUUGGAUUUGCUGCAGCUUAUGCAGUCUCAGCAGUGAUCAAGGCUAGUGAGCAUAAUGGUGAUCCAGCCAUCUGAGUUUUUUGCCAAUGUGAUACAGAGUUACUCACAAGAACAAACAUGUUUUAUAAAUCACUUUCUUCAAAAGAAAGUGUAAGGGUUUAGGCCUCUUUUUUAACUUGUUUCAGUUCAAUCUUAAAUAAAAGUGUGAUUGUCAUGUUUGAUUGAAUCACAUUCUGUAAUGGAAUAGCAUAUUUACACAAUUAUAAGAUGAGGAUUUUUGCUUUUCUUUUAAUUCAAAAAUGCAUGGUUGUCUUAUAUUUGGUAAUGAAUGAAAAUGGGUAAAAUAUCAAAUUUUAUAAAUGGUUUCUGGGGAAAUAGACAUCUGCCAACUCUAGCAUAUAGAGAAAACUGCACAGCCACAGAGUAUCAGUUUGUUUCUAAAGCAGUAAUUGGAUUUUCUGUACCAUGACCACAGGACUCGUGAGGCAUCAUGGCAACACUCAGAAUAAAAUAGUAAAGAGUAAUACUUAGCAGUGCACGUUACUACCAUGGAAUCUAGUUAUUGAUAAUAUCCAUAUGACUCAGUUGUAGCAUCGUGCUACAGGCUGUACUCUUGAGGAAUUGGGUUUUCAUUGCCAGCAGGGACAAGGGAUUUUUGUCUUCUCCACAGCAUCUAGAACAUCUCUUGGGUUCACCAAGCACCUGUCAAAUGGGUACUGGGGGCUCUUUCCUGGGUGUAAAGUGGCAGGGCUAUGAAGUUGGCCACUCACCUGCACCUAAUGCUAAAGUUAAGAAUGGUGGAGCUGUGUAUCCACUCUCAUAUAUUCAUGGCAUAGUACUUAUUUAAAUAGGCACAGGGAAAAUUAUACGUUUUUAUCUUACUCAGAUAUAAGGCAAGAUAGCCAUGCAAUUCAUGUAUGAAGUGAAAUGAAAUACAAUGUUGGCUGGGUACCGAAAUUGUUCUUAACAUUCCUUCAUUUUGAGCAUUUAUAGUCGAUGUCCUGUAGUUGGGUAAAUGUAGUGUGUGUGUCUGUGGGUUUUAAUAGAAAAUUAUUAUUACAGUAAAGAUUGUAUUGUAUUAUAUUGUAUUGUAUUGUAAUUGAAAUCCGUAACUCACUUGAACAUAAUUUCUUCUGGUGCUGUCAUUUGUAAGUCCUUUCACGUGAUAUAUAUAAUGGGGAGUUUAUUGAAGUACAGGAUUCAGUUGGGAAACCUGUAGUGAGAAAAUGAAACGGUGAAUUGAUAUAUUUCUUGCAUUGUAAAUUUCAAGUUGGCAAGUCUGUGAUAAAGAUGUGAAGUGUUAAAAA